CCCAGAAGCGGAGAAUUAUGCGUGUUCCAAUGGUUUUUGAAGCAUUCUUGCGCUCUCCCAUGUUCCGCCUCCCCGCGGUCCCGGACCGCGUCAGAGGCCUUUCAGAUCGCUGCAAGACGGCCGAAGAGGCUCCAAGAAGGCUCAGAGACGGCCCCUCCGUGGCCACUUUGGCUCAAGCGAGGCUGGCUCCAGGGCCUAGACGACCCCAGGCCCCGCUCCGCGGAGCGCGCGUGCCCCCGCGCGCGCGCCGCCGAUGUUCGACAGCUGCACCGCGGACAAUCGCCCCGAGAGCCGCAGGCCUGACAUCGACCAGGUGGAGAGGCGGUCCGCCAGGAACCUGGAGGCCAGCAACGCCGCCAUCUCCGCGCACAUCGGGGCCCUCUCGGAGCGGCUCCUCAGGCUGGAGAGGCACCAGUUCGUGCCCAACGGUCGCGGGUUCCCCGCCGAGCCUGCGCCGGCUCCCGCAGCGGGGGUCAAGCGCCCAGAGCUGGAGAACGAGCACGUGGAGACCCUGGGAGGGAAGGUGGACCCUGACGGCCUGCAGCAAAGCUACGCUGAGUUCAUCGCCACCACCAAGAAGCAUCUGAAUUGUGUCGGUGUGCACACCUGGAGCCUGUGCGCGGCCACGCGGGCCAACUCUGGCCCCGCGACCCGGUGCCUCGCGCUGGUGCCGUCCGUGUUGUUGCUUUUCAUGCAGUGUUUCUUGUUGCAGAUUAUGACCUUCGCGUCGUUGCACCCAUCUUGCAGCCUUGAUGCGGACUGCCGAGAGGGCAUGUGGUGCGCACCAAGCAAGGACUACAAUGGUUUCCGAAGAAGCCCGGGCAUGUGCGACGAUUGCAGGUGGGCCAGCAGCUUAGAGAGCCAGGACUACGAUAGCCUCCCUUCUCGAUACAACGCUGCUGCGUAUGCGGCCGCUGAAGAGACCUUGUCGGAGGCCGUCGCAUACUGCGAAACAGCCGACACCGAGCCAGACCGAUGCGAUUACCUGGUGAAUUUCCGGUCAGAGCUCACGCUGGCUCCGCUAGUCGUCUUCAUUUGCACAACGGGCCUGGUGCUGAUUUCCCUCAUCGCAGACAUGGACAGGCAGGCGCAAAUCGCAGAACUGCUCGAGCACCGGAUCAAGCACGUGGUCGCCGGCCCGAGGCUCUUCGUGAUCACCAGCGUGGCGUGGCUGAUAUUCGUUCUCAGGAUGCUCGUCCUGCCUGGCGUGGUCGUGUACGCCUACGCCGGCCUCGUGCUCGCCAGUCCCUGGGCCUCUGGAGUGUCGUUACCAGUGUCCUUCGUAAUCCAAGGGCUCGUCGUUUGCUUUGUCCACAACGUCGACGGCGUGCUCGCCCUCGCUUUCCUGGACGAGGAGGCGCAGGCGCUCAUCCGGAAGGCCUUCGCCGACAUGCAGGCGCACGAGUAUAAGGGCGAUGCUUUGGAUUUUGUGGAGUCCAUGGACCAGAAGCAGCUUCAGUAUUUCCUCCGUCGCUUCUUGGCACUUUGCUACGGUGUCCUGAUCGGUAUGAACGUCAUGAGCACGGAAUCCAUUAUGAACUCGGCGCCGCUGUUCAGGCUGGAUUGGGACGAGCUUCCGUCGAGGUUCGUCGAGAGCCCGUCGGCGAGUGCAUGCACCAACGUCGUGACCACUCUCAGCGCCACCACCAUCUUGUCGACCACUUUUUUUGCCCUGGUGUGGUGCUACACUUACCAGAUCACGAACUCGUUCAGACGCUGUGGUGUCCUCGACGUCGUGUUCGCGCCAGUGGUGACGCUGGUGACCAUGCCAGCGCUGUCCUUCUGCCUCCUAAAGUUUGGGUACACGUCGAUCUAGUUCGCGUAGAUAGGUUUGGAGUGCGGAUGUAUGGGAGGCGGAGGAUGUGGUGGAGGUACCCAUGGGAUCGGGCCCGAGCUGCGGCGUGCGCGGACGAGCACCUCAGGAGAGGACAAAGUUGCUUCCUGUCCAGCGCCCGAACGCGCCCGACACGCACGAGCUCUGACCUGCGCGCCUCGUCCAAUCCUGCAUUUUGUCUCGCAAGCCUGUAUCGUAGCAGGUCUUUUUGUUCCAGAGCUUGGCGAAGACAAGCCUUCGGGGGGGGACAAAAAAAAACUCAGAGACGGCCCAGUAGGCUCCC